AUGCUGGACGUGGAACAUCGGAGGCCACCUGAUCUGGAAGUUCUAUCAGACUUUGAUACCAAUCAGUAUCGCUUUGGCCGGAUUGGGGGUCAUAAUGUCGUACUGGCCAUCUUACAGGCCGGUGUGUACGGAAUUACUCAGGCAGCCCUUGCAUCAAGUAUGAUGAGACGCGUCUUUCCAUCCAUACAGUUCGCUUUGAUGGUGGGCAUCGGAGGUGGUGUGCCAAGCGAGUCCCAUGACAUUCGCUUAGGAGAUGUGGUGGUCAGCAUGCCGGUUGCAGGAUACCCUGGAGUGCUGCAGUACGAUUUCGGCAAGUUAGGACCGGACGGCGAGGUGACUGCAACUGGCGCCCUUAACAGGCCGGCACCUAAAGCCUUAGCAGCCAUUGCCGCCAUGCAGGCAGACUAUAUGAUGAGGGACAGUGGUCUGAUGGAGAUCACUAGCGACGCUCUGAGAAAGCACCCCAGGAUACGUGCAAAGUUUUCUCAUCCAGGAAUGGUGAACGAUGUGCUAUACCGUGCUGAUUACGACCAUGUCGCUGGCAAUAAUUGCAGAAACUGCAGUCACCACAUGGCCGUGUUUCGGACGCCACGGGAAACGACAGAACCAAAUGUUCACUACGGGCUUAUUGGAUCGGGAAAUCAAGUCAUUAAGAAUGGGAAAUUUAGGGAACGUCUGAGGGAGAAGCACGGAGUGCUGUGUUUUGAGACGGAAGCAGCGGGAGCUUUGGAGGCAUUCCGCUGUCUUGUCAUUAGGGGAAUUUGUGACUAUGCAGACUCCCAUAAGAACGACAUGUGGCAGGGAUAUGCGGCACUUACGGCAGCUGCAUACACAAAAGAUCUGUUGCUUCUGAUUGAAGGCUCGGUUUCUCCAGAAUCCACGGCUUCAACCAGCCCUUCCGAGGCUGAUAUUCCGGAGAACAUCAACUUGGGCUUGCCAGCACACGGGGUCAACCAGGGGGCCACACAUUAUCCCUCGAACCCUCUAGCUCAAAGUCCGCAGGUUUACCAGCAACCGAUAAAUUCCGAGCCCCCACCGAGAUAUACACCGUCGGCACAUUCUUUUCAGCACCCAUCUAUCCCAGUUAUGCAGCAUCCUCAGCAACCCGAGAAAACUGAUUCUGAGAAGAAACAUGCAGAGCAGAACACUUCCCCUCCAAGACCGUUUGUCUCUCAGUCAUCCCAGCCGCCAAAUCACUCCCGUGUGCGAAAAUACUACGGAAGAAUGGUGAUUGAAGCAGCUAAAGCUGGUAACAUGCCAGUGGUGAAGAAGUUUCUCGAGAAGGGAGGCGACCCAAAUACUACAACCGAUGAUUGGGACCUUACUGCGCUACAUUAUGCUGCAAUGGGAAGUCACAACGGAUUAACACAGCUGCUACUCAGAGCAGGGGCCAAUCCUAAUGCACGAGCUAAAUAUACGAACAACACUCCCCUGUUUGAAGCAGCUUCCAGCGGUCAUAGAAAGGUCAUUCAAUAUUUAUUACGCCAUGGAGCUGACGUCGAGGUCCAUUGUCAGCGGGGUAAGACUGCGUUGCAUGCAGCUGCCGAGAAAGGACAUGUUGCGUGUGUCGAGCUUCUGGUGCAGAGCAAGGCCGAUCCCGACAGCAUUGACGAGGAUGGACAUACACCUUUGGACUUGGCGAAGAAGGAGGACCAUUUAGAGAUAGUCAAGUAUCUGCAGCGGAUAUAG